UUGAGUUUGAACCGUCGCAGCGGUAAGGUCGCGACCUUUGAUAGUGACAAACUUUUUAAUUUAGUUAAAUUUUUCGUCAAAAUGUACGAAAUAACAAUAUUAGUGUUGUUAGCAUUUAGUGGGAAUGUACUGUCUCACACGUAUCACUUAGGAGCAUGUCCUGUGGUCGAACCAAUGCCGGGAUUUGAUAUGAAUCAGAUGCUAGGAGUAUGGUACGUGAUUCAGAAGACGUCGACCGCGUCUCAUUGCAUCACUUACAACUUUACGAGGACCGAUGAACCGGGAACUUACCAAUUGGAACAAUUAUCUCAACAUUUUAUACUGGGGUUGACGCCUUUGAAGCACGACUAUAGAUACACAGGAAUUUUGAGUGUGCCCGACCCAGCAGUGCCCGCUCGGAUGAAAGUGCGGUUUCCGUUAAGCGUUGCCGGUUCCGCUAGCUACACAGUCUUGACGACAGACUACAGGACCCACGCCGCGGUGUUCACGUGCCAAAAACUUGCUUUUGCGAACCGUCGUUCCGCCACUAUUCUCUCCAGAACAAAGGAACUUGAUAAGAUGUACAUUGACAAGAUUCGUACAAAGUUGUCAUCUUACGGCAUUGACCCUUACGAUCUGUCCAUCAUACCGCAAACUGAAUGCCCGAAGCACCCCGAUGGCUCCACAGAAGGAGUCAAUAUCAACAUAGAUCCUAACACAUUCUCUUCUCACAAUAUCGGCGAAGCAGUUAGAAAAACUGGUGGCGCUAUAGCUAAUGGUGUAGAAUAUGUGGUGGAGGCUGGUAAGAAAGUAUAUCACAAAGUAGCUAGUAGCAAGGAAGAUCUUACUGAACCACCAACGCAACCCGUCAAGACAAUGGACGCUGACGCCGAAUGGUUACCAUAAAAAAAUUAUGUGCAUCAGGUGACUGGAGUUUAGGAGUAAAUUUUAAUAAAAUUAUUAACAUAUUCAAUAAUUUAGAUUUACAUUUUUUACUCAUAGAACGUAUUAAAAAAUAUUAAGGUUUUCUUGUAAGUCGAGUUGUGCAGUAAUAUUAAGUUUUGCAUUUCAAAUACUCAUUGUGCCAAAUUAAGGAAAUAGCUAUUUAAAUCAAGUUCACAACUGUAUUGUAAGAAUAAAAUAAUGAAAAAGA